AUGGUUUUCUUCAGAAUAACCUUGGCGAGAUCCACUAUUGGCUUACCAAAGUCGCUGAAGGCUGUCAUCAGCAGUCUGGGUUUGGGUAAAACCGGUUCCACCGUUUACCGGAGGGUUACUCCUUCAGUAGCAGGUUCCAUAGCCAAAGUCAAACAAAUCGUCAAAGUCGACGUUAGUGAGCAUGCUUUGAACAAAGAGCAGCAAAGACAAUUGAGAAAGUCAAAUCCAGGCUUUGUCGUUGAAAAAAGGGUGUAA